AUGCCGCUAAAGAAAAAAGCUAAAGUAAUAGGGAAGAGAAAGGUUGCUGGUCGAGCGACUUCGCAUGACACUGCUACACCAGGUCCGCCUACUGACGCGUCAACAGUCAGACGCGACACUGCUUCUCCAUUACGAACGGAGCUGUCUAGUGCUAUGGUGGAGGUUCGAAGAAUCUGGGUCAAGUUUGGUGACGUCCAGCCUGCAAGAAUUGAUUUUGAUGGAGAUGACGUAUAUGUUUUGAAAAAAGCGAUCAAGAAGGAGUUGUCACCUGAUUUAGAUGGUGUGGCCGUUAACCGGAUAACCUUGAGAAGACACGGCGAGGAAGAAGAUUUGCGUGCGGAUUUAACUGUCAUCGUAAAUGCUCCUGACAUGUAUUUGAGUUUAUUGAAAAGCGGAGCGUUAAUAAGUCAAGAUCAUUUUCUGUCGCAAAUUCUACCAGCUAUACACUAUAUUGAACGAUUAAGUUCGAUUACAACUCACGGAGGUUUUGAAGAACCCAAAAAAAUAUCUUCAUGGAUCGAUUAUUUCACAGAAGUUAAUAAUUUUAACUUUGAAAAUCUCUUUCUCUCUUUCUCUCUAAAAGCAAAAUACAAUAAGCCUACUUUCGUAGACACGAAUCAUGUGGUUCGUGAAACUGAUGUUCAGAACGCUUUACAACGAAUAUCACCUUCUGGUUCAGACAUGGACGGUUCGGGUUUAUCAGACUUUGUUGCAAAAAAAGGAUUCUUAGGUCAAAACCAACAACCUCCAGGAAAGUCGCAAUCAUAUUCUUCAAUGACACAACAAUCGUCGUCAAGGCAAUUUCGAAAUUUUCAACAAAGCGAUUUUAGCAAUAGGACUUACCUAGGUUACGGAAAUGUGGGAAAACGAUUUUCAGGGGUAUGA